UGUAAACAGCAACGGAUCUUCUGGACUUUUAACCUGCCGUACAGGAAACUCGCCAUCAAGUUCAGAACCCUUGGGAAGGGACAAGGUGACAGCUUGGUUAUUGACAUAGAUACCUUUGUUGUCACGGAAGGUCAUACGACUCUUCCCAUGACCCUUCCUCUGACCCUUGACCUGUCAAACACAGCAACCCAUCCAGGACAGAUCCAGUCCUUAGCUUCGCAGAAUCAAUGGACAUUGGAACAAAAGGGCGUAACUAGCUUAUCCGCCAUGCAACUUACCGUGAUCUUCGAUACUCACGCUCUUAUCAUUGACAAAAUUGAACUUAAUCCCGUGUCGAUUGGGGCCUCCCAGCAUGGGCUGCCUUGUUCAGCCUCCGGACCCAUGCCGUUAGGCCUCUCAAGGUCGAAUCCAACUCAUUUUGUGCCGACGGGACAUUUCUGAGCAACGGAAUUCUGAUAAAUGUCGGGGGUAACUCUAUGGUCGGUGGGUACACGAGUGCAGCGGACUUCGGAGACCUUGGUGGCUUACAGGCAGUUCGCAUCUUCGAGCCUUGUCCACCUGCCUCCGCUGCUCAUUGUAACAUCUACGAGAAUCACUCCCGCAUCUGCAUGAUUAGCCAUCGCUGGUAUAAUACAGUCAUUCGAAUCUCCGACGGAAGCACUAUGAUCGUUAGCGGAUCAAAGAAGUGUGUGUAGAUGAAUAACGAGACAGUGAAUAACCCUACUAUCGAAUAUCGACCCCCAAAG